AUGGCUGGGAGAGGAGGCAUCGAUAUGGAGGCUUUAUCCCCUAGAGAUGUGAACGCCCUUCCGAAGCGCACCACCGAUCUCAAAGCGAAGGCUGCUGCUCAGCUGAGAACCGCCAAAGACAAGGACCACCCUCCUCCUCCACCACCACAGGUUGUCGAGCCUCCCAGUUCUGAUCGCAAGAAUGGAGCUGUGUACCAGGUUGGGAAGUUGCUAGGCAAAGGCGGCUUCGCUAUUUGCUACGAUGGCAAGCACGUCGACUCAGGGAAGAAAUACGCUCUGAAAAUUGUGAAGAGUACAAUGCCUGUCAAAAUGCAGCAGAAGUUCCAAACUGAGCUUCAAAUUCACUCCAAGAUGAGACAUGCCAACAUCGUACAAUUUCAUCGGGCGUUCACUUUUGAAAGCUGCACCUAUCUCAUCCUUGAGCUUUGUCCAAAUGGCUCGCUUAUGGAGAUGGUGAAGAAGAGGAAAGGGUUGACUGAGGCCGAAGUCCGUUUUUACACCAUACAAAUUGCUGGAGCCAUCAAGUACAUGCACGGAAAAGGUAUCAUACAUCGCGACCUCAAAAUGGGCAACAUUUUCCUGGACAAGAACAUGAAUGCCAAAGUUGGUGACUUUGGUCUGGCUGCCCUGUUGGUGACCGGUAACGACAUGCACACCAUCAGGAGAACCACCCUUUGCGGCACACCGAAUUAUAUUGCCCCCGAAAUUUUGCAAAAGGGCAAGGCUGGGCACGACCAUAACGUUGACAUUUGGAGCUUGGGUAUCAUCAUGUUCGCCAUGCUCACUACGAAGCCGCCGUUCCAGUCCUCGACAACGGACGAAAUUUAUCGCCGCGCACGGGACAGAGACUACGACUGGCCACAAAACGACCAGAAAAUUAUCAGCUUGGAAGUAAAGGACAUCGUGGCUUCCAUGUUGGUUGAAGCAGAUCGGAGGCCAGAUCCAGAUGCGAUCGUGCAACAUCCUUUUUUCACUGCCGGGUAUGUUCCUGCUCAAGCCGACAUAACAUCGAGGCUGCGGGAAACAGCACCAGAGCAGGAAAUCUUUCACGACUCUUGCGCGAGCCCUAGAUUACAAGAGAGAGUCGAGCGCAACCUGAGGGAUCUUUGUCAACAGUGUGAAGUCGGCCCUUGGCAUCAGAAGAUUCAACCAGUGAGGACAGCAAUAUGGCGGGAGAUUGCAUCGGAAGAGAAGCAUGGCCUCACUCCCAGCAUCCCACUGGCCGUUGAUAUCGUCUACCGACCCUACGACGAACUGCGGAGGGAAAAGCAGCAGCUUCAAGCAUCACAAUCAGUAUCUCUAUUGUGUGAGAAAACCGAAGCAUUGACUCUUGAUGCACCCGCGAAAUUUGCACCCUCUGGAUGGCUCAAAGCGCCGCCACAGAGCUUCGCAGCGCAACAGAGGGCUGCGAAUAAACCCCCCAACGCCAUGCCUAGCUCACGAACCCAACCCUCAAUGAGUGCUGCGCCGGCGAGGCCCUUGGGCACCCGAUCUCGUGGCGUCAAGAAAGAUAUCCCUUUGACUACUAGCGGGGCAUUGUCUGUGGAGGACCAUGAGCAGGCGGCGAAGGUAUCGGCUCGAGCAACACGAACACAGCUGCCAACCGGCAGGUCGCAGCCGGUCGCGCGGCCAGCGCUUGUAACGAGAUCAUCUUCCACCGCAAAGGUUGAGCCUUCGCCACAAUUCAAGCAAGAGGUUACAGAUGAAAAGAAGGUUGUGUCACUAUUCGGGCCUGGUGAACAGCAAGAAUACCUAGAGGACACAAGACCUGAUCUUGUCUUGACCAGGAUGCGGAAGCUACAGGCCGAACUCGAGCGGGCUCUCAAUUCUCGAUCCAUGGCGUAUAUUUCCACUAAACAGAAAGGGCCAGAAGUUCCCAAGGUCGUUGUGAAGUGGGUCGACUACACGAACAAGUUUGGACUUGGCUACAUCUUGAACGAUGGUAGCGCAGGGUGCAUCUUGAACAGUGUAAAUGCGCCGGGAGGAGAUGAACAAGCGGUGCUGCCCCCAUCUUUUCUGCUCGUCCAUGAUGCUGAAAAGCAUAUCACACGAAGGAACGACUCAACAUAUCACGAGAGGCACCAGGUCGUGCCUAUGACGGAGCCCAUCUCCUUCUACGAAACCAAAGGCGAAGAGGGGAUCAGCCGAGUGCGUUUGGACCCAGAGGAGUUCAGAGUACCUGUGAACCAGGACGGGACGGCUUCCAAACUCGGGCCUGGCAAGACUGACUACGAGCAUCGGAAGAGAGAGCGUAUUGUGCUGUGGAAGAAAUUCGCAAACUACAUGCUUCAGUAUGCGCGAGAGCAUCCUGAUGCGGAAACCGCCCGGCCGUACCCUGUCGACACGCCCGGUGACCUCGUCACAUUCUACCAGAGAUUUGGUGAUGUCCAGGUAUUCCACUUCUGCGAUGGACACCUUCAGUUCAACUUUCCGGACCACACCAAGAUAGUACUUGACUGGACGGGCACAUGGUGCCACUUCUGGCACCUGUCACAGGAGGCCGCAGAACAGCUUGCCGCGACAGGAGGCAUGGAUGAGGCAUCGCUGGAUGACCGAGCUGUGUUGUCAUACCCCCUCCAAACGCUCCUCAAUUUCUCGACAGUGCCCAAGGCGUCGCAACGCAGUGUCCCCAACUCAACGCGACAUCGGCCAGAGAUCCCUCUGGAGCUCCAGGGCAUACCGGCAGCGAACGAUUUCCGGCGCAAGGUCGAGUUCAUCAAGGCUGUUGUGAAGGAGUGGGCCAGGAACGGGGGUCUUGGAAAGAGUGACAUGUCACGCGACGGCCGCCUGAAAUGGCCUGGACUCCGACAGACCAAGGAUUGUGAGGUGUUGUCGAAGCAAGCCUGGGUCACGGUUGGUGCUCGAGGGGGGGACAGCCGGCGUGCUGUGUGGGUGGACAGUCGAAGUCCAACAACGUUGCUGGAUGAGAUCGACGAGACCAAGAAGAGCUAG